AUGGCUAAUUUUAUUAAGGAGAAUAUUUUGGCUGUAAGGACCAAGUAUCAAAGGAAGCCGAACACCGGAUAUCCUGUCGUAGAGGACUUCCUGAGGCCAGCCGUGGUCUUCUUUCAUUCUGUGGGUGUGGAUCCCUAUGAAUCGGACAACAAACCCGGUCUCGGACUCCAUAUAUAUUUCGCGUUCCACAUAACCAACCUGUUCUUUGUUUGGGGAUCUUCGAUAGUGUUUGUGGUGAACUCGGUGCGAACCAACAAUAUCAAUGAUUUCCUUGGAACUUGCAUGGUGGUGGGCUACAUCACUUUUGGCAACGUCGGCAUCCUAAAGAUCUUUGCUGUUAAAACUUACAGGCAGGGGAUGACCAGUCUGGUGCAUCGCUUAAAGUCCUUGUUUCCGCCACCAAACGAAAAAGAGCAGGAGCUUUUCGGCGUGAGGCGCCAUCUGAAACGGUGCAUCCUCGUAUCGAAGGGAUUUGGGUUUCUUUUGGUGGUGAUGGCCAUUAACACAAGCCUUAGCCCCUUUGCACAAUACGCCAUCCAACGUUGGUGGCUCCACUUGCCGAACCCCAUGCAAACGCUGCCAUUUGUGUCCAUGGCGCCUUGGGAUUGGCGCGACACCUGGAGAUUCUAUCCGACCUAUUUACUCCAGUGCAUCGCUGCCUACUCGGCCACUUGCGGAUAUAUAUCCACCGAUCUCAUGAUGUUCGCCGUUGCACUGCAGGCUAUCAUGCACUUUGACAAAUUGGCCAGGGAUCUCAGGGAAUUCAACACUCAGAGACAUCGCGAUGGUAGGGGAUCUGACAAAGCUCUGAAGGAAUUAAGUUCUCUGAUCGCAUACCACAUUCAAAUACUAGGACUUGUGAGCGCCAUGAACGAUGUCUUUGGAAUUCCAUUGCUGUUGAACUUUCUUAACUCCUCGCUGCUCGUCUGCAAUGUGGGAUUUCAGUUGACUAUGGGCUUCAGCUUGGAGCAGGUCUUAAUUAUAACAUCGGCUCUUGUGGAAAUCUACCUCGUCUGCUUCUUUAGCCAGAUGCUGAUCGACGCGAGUAAUAAUGUUGGCUUUGCUAUCUACGAUAUGAAUUGGAUGGAAGCGAAACCCCGAUUCCGAAAAAUGCUUAUUUUUUUGUCUAUGCGAGCGCAGAAACCCGUCUGUCUAAAAGCCACCGUUUUCUUUGGAGUGUCUAUUCAGACUAUGAGCAUUUUCUUGCAAGUGUCUUAUAAGUUCUUCUGCGCCAUUCAAAUGAUGUAUCGGUAA